AUGAAACUCGUCGUCGCAGGCGCAACAGGCUUCGUCGGCACAGAAGUCAUCCGUCAAGCCCUGUCGCACCCAGCAGUGACUUCUGUAGUUGCGCUCGCACGACGCGCAACCCCAGUUCCUGCGAACGUCAGCCUGGAUGCGAAUCUAUCAAAACUCAAGUGCGCCGUUUGCGAGGAUUUUGAGCAUUAUUCGGAUAGCAUAAAGGAGGAUCUUGCCGGUGCUGAUGCUUGUAUAUGGCUCAUAGCUAUAACGCCAUCCAAACAGUCCUCGAUGCCCUUUGAGCAAGUUGAGAAAAUCUGUCUCGAUUACACCGUCAAUGGCCUAAAAACGAUGGCUACGAGAAGCAACAACCCAUUUCGCUUCAUCUACACCAGCGGCGCAAAGGUGAACAGAGACCAGACUAAAAGACCUUGGAUUAUGGGAGAUUAUGGAGUGUUACGGAGCCGGGUUGAGAAUCAGGUCCUCGACUUCGCGAAACAGCCCGACGGUAAAAAUGUGCAAGUAUGUAUCACAAGACCGGGCCUCAUCUACGCGCCUGGCCACAUGAGUACUCUUACGGUGGUAGCAUCAACCAUCAUGCGCAGUUUAAUCGGGUUACCGCGGGUAGAACUCGAUGAGAUUGCGGCGACGUUGCUGGCUCAGGCGGUCAAUGGAAUCGAGAAAGAGACGCUGUUAAAUGAGGAUUUGGUGCGGAUUGGGCGGAGGGUGUUGGCCUCAUAG